AUGUCCGCAUCCGACCCCCGCCAUCCCGCCUCCCUCCUCCCGCGGUCGCUGCACAACCGCGAGCUGCUCACGCUCAUGCACCAGCCCGUGUCCUAUGACAUGAUCAACCACAUCGCGAUGCAGACGAUGAGCGUCAUCAAGCUCGCGGAAGACUCCCAGCCCGACGCGGAGGGUGGCGAACCCGCUGCUGAGGUGCUCCCGACCCCACCUACGACACCGCAGAAGACGUCCCCCGAGCAGGGCCAGGGACCGAACCAGGCGCAGCAGCAGCAGCAGCGGCAGGCUCAGCUCCCGAGCCUUCAGGACUUCAUCAUCUUCAUAUGCCAGAGCUCGCACGUGCAGGUACCGACGCUUCUGACGACGCUCAUCUACCUCGAGCGGCUGCGGACGAAGCUCCCGAAGAUGGCGAAAGGGAUGCCGUGCACGCGCCACCGCGUGUUCCUCGCAACGCUCAUCGUGGCGGCCAAGUACCUCAACGACUCGUCUCCGAAGAACAAGAACUGGGUCAACUAUGCCCGGCUGUUCGAGCUCGCCGAGGUUAACUUGAUGGAGAAGCAGCUGCUCUACCUCCUUGACUACGACCUGCGCUUCAACGAGGAGGAGGCGCUGCAAUACUUUGCGCCCUUCCUUCCGCGGUCUAGUCCAAAGCCCGAGGCAGAUGCUGUCCCUUGCGCCGAGGCAGCGGCAAAGGAGACUCGCGCGGCGGCUGUCACCCGUGCAAAGGCCCGCGUCCAGGCGACCAUCAACGUUCCGGCGAGCAACCAAGGUGCUCCUGCACCUCUUCCUUCUCCCGCGGCGAGCGUCUCGAGCGUACAGAGCUUCGUCAAGCGCCUCUCGACACAGUAUCUCAGUGUGCCUACUGGGGAGAAGCAGGACACGAAGCCACGAGCCACCUUGUCGAGGGUUUCGUCGAGCAGCACGCUCUUCAGCGCACGGAGCCACAGCGAGGAGUCAGAGGCGAGCCUCACGUGCGACAGCGGGUCUUCGUCACCGUCGUCCCUUGCGUCGUCCGACGGUCCCGCGUCCGAUGUCGAGUACGAGGUCGAGAUACAGAAUGCAUCCGCCACCGCUUGCGACGAACGUCAGGCCAAGGCCCUCGCCGCUGCGUACAUGUACGGGCACAGGCAAGGCAGGAAGGUCUCGGCGGCAUCGACGUGCACGAUCAAGAGCGAUGCGACCGUCACGGGAGGUCCCCACGAGAUCAAGCGGUUGGCGAUGCGCAUGACGAACUCGGAUCGGUCGAACUCGAGCUCGUCCUCGGAUUCGUCUUCGCCUUCGACCUCGCCGUCGCAGGCCGUCCAUCAGCCGUUGCUCCAUGGCCGUGGGCGGGGCAUGCCUAUCCGCUCGACGUCGCACUCGGCGGGCCAUGGUAGCGAGGGAGGACCGGGGAUGGUAGUGUCGUCGUCGACGAUGCCCUCGCUCGCGCGUACCGCGACCUCUGGCAGCUUCCUGAGCCGCAUGUGGGCGGCGACGAAGGGCCAGGCUGGGGCCGCUGAGAAGGAGGGCGUGCUCGCGGCGGCGGAGGAGGGCGGCCCGAGCAGUGCCUUUCGGAGACUGGCGCAUUCCAAGUCUACGGCUGCGCUGUUUCGGGGCCAGCAGCAGAUCGACGUAUGAUCUGUGGGCGUAUGCGCCCCUGAUGCUGUAUGGGUUCGCGGCGGGACAAGAUGGUGACGACGACGACGACGACGAUGGUGAAGAUGUGAACGUACACGACCCUGAUGCGGACAAAACGCGCACACCUUUUGACCUGUGUUUUCCCUCUUGUGCGGACUAGGAUGUUGGACCUUGUCUCUGUUCCGAUUUUGUUGUACGAUUUGGCCGGUUUCAUCCUUCACCCUUCAGCUUCUCGCAUGCUGGACAGCCUACCCCUUUGUUGCUUCUACAUUACUAGACUACUUUACGUUCACUCCGCAGCACGCUUUCGUUUUGUUGGUCUUUCGUGCGGCUGCGGUCCGUGGCGUACCUUGUCCAUACUAGUUUGAUCCGCGCACAUCACUAUCCUAGACGCCCACUUCUCCCGUUGAGCGCAUGGACCGUUUCCUGUUUGUAAGGAAGCCGUGUAUGGGACGUACUGUAGCCUUAGUCAGUCCUGGCCGACUCCGUGUUAAUUCGGAGGCGUACCCUUGGUAUGGUAGACGGUGAUAUUGGAGGGAGAUAAGACCACGUUGGAAUACAGGCGAUGGCCAACAGACGCGUGACGUAACGCGACGGGUGCGGUGGCUGCAACGUGUCGUGGAGAAGGCUACAGCGAGCGAGCGAGCGAGGAGGAUGCAUGUCCUGCCACCGUCCUCGUCUCCGUCCGCCGUCUGCUCUCUCUGGGCGAGCGAUGAGCGAUAUCACCACAUACGAAGCCAUACGCGGCCUCACCCUCGCCCCCAUCGCAGACUGGGCCAGCAUCCUCACUCUCAUAUUCGGGGGCUGCUGCAGCAACGCGCUCACGCUCGAGCAGCUCACCCGCGCACACCCCCACUCGGGCUCCCUCAUCACCUUCGCCCAGUUCCUCUCCAUCUCCGCCCACGGCCUCCCCAAC